UAAAAAAAAAUCAAUACUAUAAUUUACACAGUCCACCAUGAUUCCUCUUCUUCCCUAAACUUCACUUUUCCUCCAUUUUUCACCUAUAUAUAUAUAUAUACCCACCACAUCAUAUAUAGAACUUAUAACAAUCACUCUUUAUUCUACAUCUCUAUUUUUUCCUUAUAAAUUCACAAACAAAAGAUGUAAAAAUCAGCUUCAUUUCUCUUUUCUUGAUCAGCUUCUUUAUUUUUUGUCCAAUUUGUCUGAUUUCAUAUCAACUUUUUUCCUCAAAAAUAUUUGAACAUAUAUAAAACAAAUCUCUAUUUUUUUUUCUCCAUUGUUGAGUUGAGCUCAAGUUAUGUAAAAAAAAUCCAUUCUUUAUAACCGGAAUAUUUGUGAGUAUAUAAGUUAAAGUAUCCAUCUUUUUUUUUUUUUUAGUGAAUUAUUCAAGAAUGAUGUUGGAUCUUAAUCUAAGUGCAAUUUAUGAUGAAAAAGUUCAAGAAAAUUCCAUAGCUGAUGAAUCAGGAAGUUCCAAUUCAUCAGCUAGGAAUGCUGAAGCCUCCAGUAGUGCUGGAGAUGAUGACACGUGUUCCACACGCGCCGACAUGUUUGCGUUUAACUUCGACAUCCUUAAAGUUGGUAGUUGUAGUGGUGGUCGUAGCAGUAACAAUAAUGAUCAUGAUGAAGAAGGAUAUAUGACGACAACAACUCGGUCUAAGUCAUUUGUGACUCAGCAAUUCUUCCCAGGAGGGGAAGAUAUUGCUGAGUCGAAUCAUCAGGCCCGGGCCCAUAUGUCUCGAAGACCUGAUUGGGUGGAUCAGACAGAUCCACCCAAUACUGUUAGUUUUCGAGACGUGCAAAUGGGCCGGGUACAGCAGCAACAACAACAACAGCCUGUUAAGAAAAGUAGGAGGGGGCCUAGGUCCAGAAGCUCACAAUAUAGGGGUGUUACUUUUUAUAGAAGAACUGGUAGAUGGGAAUCACACAUAUGGGAUUGUGGCAAGCAAGUAUAUUUGGGUGGAUUUGACACUGCUCAUGCAGCCGCUAGAGCGUAUGAUCGAGCUGCAAUUAAGUUCCGGGGUGUUGAUGCGGAUAUAAAUUUUAACCUUAGUGAUUACGAAGAAGAUAUGAAGCAGAUGAAAAACCUGAGUAAAGAAGAAUUUGUGCACGUGUUGCGACGCCAGAGCACUGGUUUCUCAAGAGGGAGCUCGAAAUACAGAGGAGUAACGUUGCAUAAAUGUGGGCGAUGGGAGGCUCGGAUGGGGCAGUUCCUUGGCAAAAAGUAUAUAUAUCUUGGGCUAUUCGACAGCGAAGUAGAAGCUGCAAGGGCGUACGAUAAGGCGGCUAUCAAAUGUAAUGGAAGGGAGGCUGUUACCAACUUCGAGCCGAGUGCAUAUGAAGGGGAAACAAACUCUAACCCUCAGAGUGAAGGUAGCCAACAGGAUCUUGAUCUGAACUUGGGGAUCGCGACUUCUUCUCCAAAGGAAAAUGAAAGGUCAGGGAGUUUCCAGUAUCAUCCGUAUGAUAUGCAAGAUGCAACAAAGUCACAGAUGGACAAUUCACCAAUAGUUGGUAGUUCACAAGCUCACUUGUGGAAUGGAGUAUAUUCCAAUUUCUUUCCCAACUAUGAGGAAAGAGGGUCCGGGAAGAGAAUAGAUGUAGGUUCCUCGCAGGGACACCCAAACUGGGCAAUGCAAAUGCACAGUCAGGUCGGAACAACCCCAAUGUCAAUGUUCUCUACUGCAGCAUCAUCAGGAUUCUCAUCUCCGGCUACCACUGCUUCGGCCUAUCCAAUGUCUCAUCCUACCAACCCGAAUAAUCUUAAUCUUUCCUUUGCUUCAUAUUCCACAUCAUCAACGAAUGCGACUCAAUACUAUUACCAGAUCAGGCCGCCGUUACCACCUCCAUAAAUAUAGUUAGGAUAUAAUUAACUCACUGAUUCUGUUUGUAAGAUUUGUUUGUCAUCAACUCAUUGACAUGUUGCUUUUAUAAGUUGAAUUCUUUUACAACUUGUAAGAUUUUGGGAGGUGAAGAUACAAAAUUUCCAUUA